UUCUUAUGUGGAACCGACAUCCCGUGUUACUUUAGAGAUCUACUUUGUUUGGAAAGUGCUCGUUUAACAUUUUGAGGGUCUAUUCAACUUGCUUUGACCAUAGGCUAUAUGCAUUUUUCCCGUGCCAAAGUACUUGUAUGUAUAAUUAAGAGAGAUUAUACAUAAAAGCCUAAUAUAAAGAGAGAGAGAGAGCGAGAGAGAAAUAGAGGGAGAGAGAGAGAGAGAGAGAGAGGGAGAGUGAGAGAAGCUUUUUAUAUUGGGUGAUGUAAAAACUUACGACGGCUGUAUUGGGGGCAUUCUUUUUUCACAUGUGACUGGCGAUAGCAGUAUAGGCUAGUGGAAGUGUCACACUGUCAUGAUUUGAGUUCGUGCACUUUUCUUGGACUUUGGAUACGUAAAUGUUGUAUUUAAUAACCGUCAAUCUGUUUCACACAUUUGCCCUUAUCUUAUAUUUUAUUUAAUUGAUUCGAGUUGCUUUUUUUUGUGCACGCUUAUUGGGAUAGUUUUUACUUUCUAAACGUAUUUUUUAAAUGUCAAAAGUCUGCCUGCGUGUUUCCGUAGCCUACUUCAUCUAUGGAAUCAUCUUGGGGAUAUUAGAAAUAGCCUAACGGACAUGGAGUGGUUUAUUAACUUUCCCCACACAAGGUACCUUAAUUGUGAUCAUGAAUAAGGCAGUGUGCUUUCGGAGAGCUAGACCAUGCGGGACCCCAUCAAACGCGGAACUGUCGAUUUGGUUACAAGCUUGAGAGUCAACCGCAAAUGAGUGACUGCCCAGGCCUCUGCGUGGCUGGGAUCCCAAGCAGCCCGGGGGAUUUUACAGUCUGACGUGGAAGUGGUCCUGGGAGGAACAGCGCUGUGAUCCCAGGUCCUUUACAGGCUCUCGUCUCUGUGAGAUAUCUAAGACAAGGAAGGAGCCCGACCUCUGAUGGGGAAUAGAAGAAGGAACUGGAGGACUCUUUGAAAAGGCAACUGGGAGUCUGCACAGGAGAAGAUUGGCAGAAGCUAUUACGAGGAGCGUCCGUGAAAACAACAUAUCGUGGCACCGCUACAUCACAGAAUGAGGACCAAAUACACCAUCUCCCUUGUCUUUAUUGUGGCACUUGUCAUCAUUGAGAAGGAAAACAACAUAAUAUCCAGGGUCUCAGAUAAGCUCACCCCAAAACAGACCCCCCAGACGCCUCUAGAUCCAAGUAACUGUGCUCCAGACCCAGCCCUGGGUCUGCUGAAACUCAAUGGCUCCUCCUUUCUGGGCCAGCUGGACCCAGCAUUCAACCUCAUGAAGAGACACCUAGAGAACUACACUGAGAACAGGCUGGGAAACCGGAAGCACAUCCUCCUGUUGGCCACCACACGGACUGGUUCCUCCUUCGUCGGUGAGUUCUUCAACCAGCAAGGAGACAACAUGUUCUACCUGUUUGAGCCGCUGUGGCACAUCGAGAAAUCGCUGACGCUGGAGACCGGCGGGACCAACGCCACGGCGGCCGCCCGGGCCUACAGGGAGGUCCUUCAGGGACUCCUCCUUUGUGACUUCACCCCCCUGGAGAGCUUCAUCGAGCCGCGUCCUGUGGACCACGUCACCACAGCCCUGUUCCGGAGGGAGUCGAGCAGCUCCCUCUGUGAGGAGUCCGUCUGUAGUCCGUUUGUUAAAAGGGUAUUUGAGCGUUACCGCUGCAGGACCAGGAAGUGUGGUCCCCUCAACCUAACCAUGGCGUCCGAGUCGUGCCUGCAGAAGGAGCACAGGGCCAUCAAGUCCGUCCGUGUGCGUCAGCUGGAGACCCUCAGGCCCCUCGCGGAGGACCCUCGUCUCGAUGUCAGGUUCAUCCAGCUAGUGAGAGACCCCAGGGCAGUUCUCGCCUCACGCAUGGUGGCCUUCCACGCCAAGUACAAAAGCUGGAAGCAGUGGGCCGUGGACGGGGACGUGCCCGUCGAUGACGACGAGGUGAGGAAGCUGAAGGGAAACUGCGACAACAUUCGGAUGUCCGCGGAGAUGGGUCUGAGCCAGCCGACGUGGCUGAGGCGGAGGUACAUGCUGGUAAGGUACGAGGAUAUCGCUAGGUUCCCUAUGAGGAAGGCGGCGGAGAUGUACAAGUUCACCGGGAUACCAUUCACUCCUCAGGUGAAGGACUGGAUUCUACAGAACACCCAGGCUUCCAAUGAGGCCAGUGGAGUUUAUUCCACACAGAAGAACUCCUCGGAACAGGUUGAGAAAUGGAGAUUCAGUAUACCCUACAAACUGGCUGAAGUGGUGCAAAGGGUUUGUGGACCAACAUUGAAAUUGUUUGGGUACAGGUUUGUGAACAGCGAGGCGAUGCUGACGGACAAGUCUAUCAGUUUGAUUGAAGAAAAGAUGUUUGUGCAAGAUUUUUCAUAGGUAUGAUUACUUUGUUCUUGGAGCUUGGCAAAGUGGACAAAUGGAUACGAUUAUGAAGACAUUGUUGUAAGGAUAUUUAUUGGGCUGUAUUUGACUUUAAUUUAUUAGAUAAUAGAUAGGAACAGUAGAUGUCAAACAAUAGUGUUACACUCCAGGAUAUAGGGACAAAUACACAUUUGUGUGUAAUGAAAAAAAUUAUUACUGCUCUCCUAAAUCGUUUUACAGAGACAUCGUUUUACAGAGACAUCGUUUUACAGAAAACUUCAUAAACGUACAACCAAUGCAUGUGAUUUGAACAUGUUUCCCUCCAUACCAAAUCUAACUUUACAAUCCAAAUCUGAGUCCUUGAACAAUUUUAUUUUCUGAAAAGGUUUGGUUUUUCCUCUCUUAUUUGUUCAACAAGCCAUGGGUUUUACAAUGUUGAAUCUGUUUUUGUACCAAAGAAAAUGUGUACUAAGAUUCUGUGUGUGUUCUGAUUGCAGAAUUCUGGCAAGGAAAUUCCAAAAUGUUCACCUUGCCUUCCCCAGGCAUUUACCAUGAAAAAGGGAUAUUCAUUUUGUUAGUUUAAUAUAUUAUUUAAUUUUUGUUGUGAAUGAGAGAUAAUGUCUAUAGCUUUUGCACAUGCAACCAAUGGGAAAUGUAUAUAUUUCUCAUGUUUAUCUGAGGGGCACUUUACUGCCAAACCUGGUUUAAAGAAAAAGUAUGAAAAACAUGUCGAAAUACUUUCAGCGUUUGCUGUAGUCUCCACGUGUAGCUUAUCAGCAAUGUUGACGUGUUUGGAAUUAUUGUCUUGGUUGAGAAGCACAAGGCAGGGUCACUGAGCCCAGCUGGAGGGUAAUCAUUUGUUGUGUUGCUGUCUGAACCCAGGUCAGUUUCUGGAACACACAGGCUAGGCAGCUGACUGCACGAGCAAGUCACUUUUUUUUGGUCUUAAAUUAGCUUUUAGCGUUGGCCGUUACCGAGAUCGAAGGUGAGUGUGUGGUCUCGUUCUCCAAUAACCGAUGUUUACAGUGUCGCCUUAUAAAGUAAACGUAAUCUACAUUUUAGUCACUGAGCGGACAGAGUGGCAGCAUUGAGCGCAUGUAUUUUCAUGUAAUGUUCUGUCCUAGUUCACUGCAAAUGGGAAUCGAACCCACCACACUGGCAGAAUAAGUGUUCUACUGUUUGAGUAUAGACUGUCAUUUGGAACACUGGACAGACAUUCCUCCUGCAGCUGGUUUGCAGAAUUGUGUGAGGUUUAUCACUAGCUCUGUGGACACGCCUCCUGGCUGACGUUUAUAGAAGACGACCAAUGAAAGACUGGGGGGGGUGGUUUCAAUGGCACCCUCUUCCAUAUAUAGUGCACUAGCUUUGACCAUGUGAGGGUGAAAGUAGUCCACUAGGUCAUGAAUUGGGCGUCAGUUCGUUAGCAGGAUGGGUUUAAAUGUUCUGUUCUUAAGUUAAAUCCUUUUUUUAAUUUCCGUGGAAAUCACAAUGUCUGUGACUGUCAUAUUGCUGUACAAGUAAACUGAAUAUCGACAAGUG